AUGUAUAAGGAAUUAUUUAUUUUGUGUAUAGCUUUUACAAUUGGAUUUUCAAAUCCUUUAUUUAGUAGAAGUGAAGUGAGAGAAUUAGAACCAAUUGAUGAAUUUGAUAGUAAAGAUACAACAAUACAAUAUGGUUUAGAGGAAUCUACAAACCUAGAAACAACAAUAACAUUUCAGGAAGCUGAUACCAGAGUUCCAUCUACAGUAAGGAUGACAACUCGUAGUCUUACUACAACCAAAUCUAGUACCACUCGUGCUCCUACUACAACCAAAUCUAGUACCACUCGUGCUCCUACAACAACCAGAUCUAGUUCCACUCGUGCUCCUACAAUAGCCAGAUCUAGUACCACUCGUGCUCUUACUACAACCAGAUCUAGUUCCACUCGUGCUCCUACUACAACCAAAUCUAGUUCCACUCGUGCUCCUACAACAACCAGAUCUAGUUCCACUCGUGCUCCUACCACAACAAAAUCUAGUACUACUCGAGCACCCACAACAACCAGAUCUAGUUCCACUCGUGCUCCUACAAUAGCCAGAUCUAGUACCACUCGUGCUCUUACUACAACCAGAUCUAGUACGACUCGUGAUCCUACAACAACCAGAACUAGUACCACUCGUGCUCUUACUACAACCAAAUCUAGUACCACUCGUGCUCCUACUACAACCAAAUCUAAUACCACUCGUGCUCCUACAACAACCAGAUCUAGUUCCACUCGUGCUCCUACCACAACAAAAUCUAGUACUACUCGAGCACCCACAACAACCAGAUCUAGUUCCACUCGAGCACCUACCACAACCAGAUCUAGUACCACUCGUGCUCCUACAACAACAAAAUCUAGUUCCACUCGUGCUCCUACAACAACCCGUUUAAGCACAACUGAAGUUCCUACAACACAAACUAAGAUAUCAACGACACCACGACGAACCACAACAGAUGAUGAUAGUGAUGAAAUCUCGUCCACAUCCAGAGCUUCGACUACGAGACGAACUACAACAGAUGAUGAUAGUGAUGAAAUCUCGUCCACAUCCAGAGCUUCGACUACAAGACGAACCACAACAGAUGAUGAUAGUGAUGAAAUCUCGUCCACAUCCAGAGCUUCAACUACAAGACGAACCACAACAGAUGAUGAUAGUGAUGAAAUCUCGUCCACAUUCAAAGCUUCGACAACAAGACGAACCACAACAGAUGAUGAUAGUGAUGAAAUCUCGUCCACAUCCAGAGCUUCGACUACGAGACGAACUACAACAGAUGGUGAUAGUGAUGAAAUCUCGUCCACAUCCAGAGCUUCAACUACAAGACGAACCACAACAGAUGAUGAUAGUGAUGAAAUCUCGUCCACAUUCAAAGCUUCGACAACAAGACGAACCACAACAGAUGAUGAUAGUGAUGAAAUCUCGUCCACAUCCAAAGCUUUGACUACGAGACGAACUACAACAGAUGAUGAUAGUGAUGAAAUCUCGUCCACAUCCAGAGCUUCGACUACAAGACGAACCACAACAGAUGAUGAUAGUGAUGAAAUCUCGUCCACAUCCAGAGCUUCAACUACAAGACGAACCACAACAAGAGCACCUUCAACAACAAAGGCGACUACAACUAAAAAAUCAACCACUACACAGCAGCUAGUUGAUAAUGAAACAACUACAAUAACGAAGACUAAAAGCACAACAAUGCCAAUGACAGAAGAGUGGACAACAGCACCAAUGACAACAACAGCAGGUGGAGAAAUAAUUAUAUCAUUUAGAUGUCCUACUGAUGGAUUUGGAAAUGUUCCAAGUUCAACAUACUGUAAUCGGUACUACGAAUGUGUCUACGGAAUUCAGCAGAUCAGAUUCUGUCCAGAUGAUAUGAUGUUUGAUGCAAUUAGUCUGCAGUGUACUGAACCGCAUAGAGCAUUGUGUGGAAAUAUGAUUAAAUGCGGACAAAUUUAA